UCUCCAGAUUUCGCUACAGCUGACAGUGCAUCAUCGCCUUCACCGGUGCAGCCCCUACGUCGUUCUACGCGUGUUCGAAGAUCGCCACAGUGGAUGCGGUCGUACCAGAGAAAUUGAAGAGGAGGGAUGUUGGGAGCCACCCUGUACAAGCCUUGACAGAGUUCGUCAUGCGCCCGAUGUUAGGCGACCGUAUGCGUGAAAGCACGAUCGACGCUCUUCGGGAUAGAGAGAUCGCUCUCUUCUCUCCCGACCGGCUAAGGCAAAGGACGUAUCGUUUGGUCCGUGUGUAAAAUAUUACAUUAUAUUAAUAAAAGUUAUUGUUGUAGAUCGAAGAUACAAAAGUGGCGACGAGAAUAAUUCUGGCGAGCUGUUUCCCGUGAUUUUAUCGAUUUUGAUUUCUAUUUUACCCGUUUUCUGUGUAAACGGAGGAUCCGUGUCUUUGACCUGAUGGAACGAAAUGGUGAACCAUCGCCAUCGCGGAGCAGCCAUGACCCAAGCCAGCGAACCGUCACCAAUUUACCGUUGGACACGAAUGCCUUCAUCCAAGACAUAUUUAAGCAGCAGCAGGAAAUUCUUCAUCAGCAACAACAGUCCUUUUUGCAACAGCAGGAGCAGCUAAUUACUAAAGUGCUAGCUUCAAUUGGAUCGCGACAACAUGUGGGAAAUGAACACAUUAUUGAUGCCCUAGCAAAACACAUACAAGAGUUCCACUAUGAUCCGGAGGAUGCUGUUACAUUCAGUGCUUGGUUUGCGCGAUACGAAGAUCUCUUCGAAAGGGAUGCGGAACGUCUGGACGAUGCCGCGCGAGUGCGUCUUUUGUUGCGGAAGCUGGGUGCAGCGGAACACGAGCGAUAUGUAAGUCACAUUCUUCCAGCUAAACUAAAUGAUUUCGAUUUUAGAUCGACGACUGGCAAGCUGAGAAAAUUAUUCGAUUCUCCUGAAUCCGUCAUCGCCAAACGGUACCGAUGCUUGCAGAUGUGUAAAUUGCAGGAAGAAGACUACAUGACUUACUCGUGCCGCGUGAACAAGGCUGUUAUAGAAUCCGAGCUGGGAAAGUUAUCCGAAGAGGAACUAAAAUGUCUAAUUUUUGUAUGUGGUCUGAAAGACGACAGUUAUUCCGAGAUUUGCAUAAGGCUCCUAAAUCGACUAGAGGAGAAAAGCGAUAAAACGGUAACGGAUAUGGCAGAAGAGUGUAAACGGAUGGUGAACUUGAAGCGUGAUACGGCAAUGAUAGGCGAGGGAGAGAAGAGUGUGAGCAUCGUUCGUGGAUCCCGUGAGAAAUACCCUAAGAAGGAGCACCAAGCGUGGAAACAGUCGAAUAAGCCAAAUGCAAUAAAAUGCUGGCUGUGUGGCGGAGGGCACCAUGCGCGAAAGUGUUUCCACAAGUCCUAUAAGUGCAAUAAUUGCCAUAGAUACGGACACAAGGAAGGGUACUGCGAGUCAGCUAUGAGAUGGGCCAAUGGAAAGAAGCGAUGCGUGAAAUCGGUGAUCGUGAACAGGGUGAAUAGUGCUAGCCGUGGCCGUGUAAAUUUAUUUUUGAAUAACACCCAGAUCCCGAUGAUGGUAGAUACCGGAGCCGAUAUAAGCAUAAUUUCGAGCAAGCAGUGGCACGCAAUCGGUAGCCCUGCAUUAAUUCCUGCAAGCGUGAAAGCGAGGACGGCGUCUGGUGAUCCUUUACACAUUUUGGGCGAGUUCCAAUGUGAUAUAACAAUUGGCCAGCAGUGCAAGCGUUUUACAAUACGGGUGACAGAAGCUGACCUAAUGUUGCUGGGAGCGGAUUUAAUGGACACAUUUGGUCUUUGGAAUGUUCCUUUGGCAUCAAUAUGCAGUGAGAUAAAUGUCGUAGAAGCAAGCGAGAAUACGAAGACCCUGCAAAAAGUUUUUCCUGCAUUAUUUUCGUCGAAGCUAGGGCGAUGUACGAAAGGUUGUGUGAAGUUGAUGCUGAAAGAAGGAGUGACACCAGUGUUCAGACCCAAGCGACCAGUAGCGUAUGCGAUGUUGCAAGCAGUCGACGAUGAGCUUCUGAGGCUGGAAAAUGAUGGCAUUAUUACACGAGUGGAAUAUUCGGAUUGGGCAGCACCCAUUGUAGUGGUACGCAAGGCGAAUGGAACCAUCAGGAUCUGCGGAGAUUAUUCAACGGGUUUGAAUAAUGCUCUAAUGGCGCACCAGUACCCACUGCCAUUACCCGAGGAAAUUUUUUCCAACUUGAGUAAUUGUGUUGUGUUUAGCCAGAUUGACCUCUCUGAUGCAUUUUUGCAGGUGGAGGUAGAUGAAAAUCAUCGCGGACUUUUAACGGUCAACACGCAUCGAGGUUUAUUCCGAUAUAACCGUUUACCACCCGGAGUCAAGGCAGCGCCGGGAGCGUUCCAGCAGUUAAUCGACACAAUGUUAGCUGGCUUGGAUGGUGUCGCAGCAUAUAUGGACGACAUCGUAGUUGGAGGCAAGGACAUGGCAACCCAUAAUGGCAACCUGCGAGCGGUUUUGGAGAAGCUGCAAGAGUAUGGAUUUACCAUACGCGCAAACGCUUCAUCGAUUGGAUUAGGAGCUACUAUAUCGCAUAGGUGGCCGGAUGGAAAGAUAAAAGUAGUCCAACACGCAUCGCGAGCACUUACAGCAGCUGAGCAGCGUUAUAGCCAACCUGAUCGUGAAGGGCUAGCGAUUAUUUUUGCCGUCACUAAAUUUCACCGUAUGCUGUUUGGACGACAUUUUCUUCUACAAACAGACCAUCAACCAUUGCUCCGAAUCUUUGGUUCGAAAAAGGGUAUACCUGUAUAUACCGCAAACCGUCUACAGCGUUUCGCUUUGACAUUACUGCUUUAUGAUUUUGAAAUAGAGUACGUACCAACUGAGAAGUUCGGAAAUGCAGAUGUGCUAUCCCGGUUGAUGGAUAAACAUGAAAAACCGGAACAAGAUUUUAUAAUUGCCAGUAUUGAACUAGAUAAUGAUGUCGGAGCCCUUGUGAAAAAUGCAGCGAAGAGUUUACCGCUGGCAUUUGAACAUGUAGCGCGCGAGUCGCAUAACGACCCUUUGCUUCAGGUCGUGUAUAACUACAUACAAAGUGGGUGGCCAAAGAAUAUAGAUAAUGCGGAAUUGAAAUACUUCUACGCGAGACGAGAGUCCCUUUCAACAAUUGAGAAUUGUAUUUGUUUUGGAGAGCGGUUAGUGAUUCCUGCGUCGCAGCGUCGGCGGGUGCUAGAAAUGAUUCACCGUGGUCAUCCAGGAAUCGAUCGUAUGAAAGCUAUAGCACGAAGUUAUGUUUAUUGGCCAUUGAUAGACGCGGAUGUUGAGAAACUUGUAAAGUUAUGCAAAUCGUGUGCUUUAGCAGCUAAAUCGCCAAUUCAUAGCUCUCCAAUAUCAUGGCCGAAAACUGAUGCACCAUGGCAGCGUGUUCAUAUAGAUUACGCUGGACCUAUAGAUGGUGUCUACUUUCUUCUGGUGAUUGAUUCCUUUUCUAAGUGGCCUGAAAUUAUUUCGACUUCAAGUAUAUCCGCUAAUGCAACCGUCACUAUGUUGAGAGGAUUGUGUGUUAGAUUUGGCAUGCCUAACACGAUAGUGAGCGACAAUGGUAGGCAGUUUACCAGUGCAAUUUUUGCCGAUUUUUGCAACACUAAUGGAAUCGAGCAUAUGGGCAAUGGGCAAGCAGAAAGGUUUGUUGAUUCCUUUAAAAGAGCGCUCAAAAGAUAA